AUGGCCACAAAGAAACGUCUAAACCUUGUCAUCUUCAUUUUCCUUAUUUCUCUACCAUUUGUUAAAUCCUCUACUUCAAGUGAGUUCAAGAAAACCACCCUUCAUUUUGUUUUUGGCUCUGUUAUGUGUCAAACAAACAUGGUAGGAAGCGGUUCCACACAGACAAAUACAGAGGUUGCAAGAUUUGGGAAUGAAGCUGCUUCUCCUCGCAUAGUUGAAGACUCGGCAAGAGAAGUUCCAACUGGACCUGACCCUCUCCAUCACAACAACCACCCUGUAGGCCAUUGA